AUGGUGGAUGUUGGGAGGGAGGAAGAGGUGCCCCAUCACACUUUCUCUCUACCCUCGGAGAGGAACAUUCAUGCUGUAAUCAGAGUUCAUGCGACACUUUCGGAAAUUGAGAUCAAGGAAGAGUUGCAACAGAGGGGAUAUUCCCCCCUGCACAUAAUUCGCCUGAAACGCGGUGGCGGCGUGUCCAUACCUUUGGUGGCAGUCAUACUGCCCAAGAUAGAAAAAUCUCAGCAGCUGUUCAACGAACAUGAGCUGCUAGUUAGAGCGACCUGUCAGCGCAGCGGUUUUCCCUCGGACGUUGUAAGUGGUGCUCGGAAAUACUACGUACUAAUAGAAAGAAAAGGAUAUUCUACAGGCAGUGGAGUACCUGGAUUUAUCUCAAGCAGUCUUAAGGCUCCCCAGUGCCCCCUUAUACUACUAUGUAAGUCAUCAUAUAUCCAUAGUUCUCGCAUACCUCAUUUGAUUCUCAAAAUAGAAACGAGAGAUAUAGGCAUAUAA